CCCCCACCCCCCCUCCACACACACAUCCAUUACGUGUUACCUGUGAUUGGUUGCCCCCCCCUCAGUGACAACCACCGGGAGCCCGGAGUCCCGUCACGUGUCUUUUGCAGAGGAAUCCACACCGUCGGGUGGUGUUUUUCUCCCGGAGGAACCUUUCUGGCGGACAUGAACGCGCUUUUUGACCGCUUCCACAACUUCAUCCUCCCGAUAGUGCGCGGGGAGGACGCGGUCUGCGGCUGCACCUGCGGAAGGCAUCAAGUUUAUCAUGUUGUUCCAUAUAAUGAGGCCAUGGAGGAUAACAUGGUGAACUGGCAGGAGAUGAACGUGGUAGUUGGACUGCUCUUGGGCCUCUGCAGCAGUUUAUUCUUACAGUGCUUGCAGAGGAUUUGGCACUCACGUGUCACAUAUUGGAGGUUAGACCAAAUAUACGGUGAGGCUUUCUGGUCGUGGAUGCCCAAACUCAAAACAACAAAAGAGCUGGUGAGGAAGUUACAUCCAAAACCCACGGAGGACUCCACGGGGAACAUGCUGCACAUCAAUCAAGAUGUGCAGCAGAAUGUUAAUGACACAUGACGAUGAAAUGAGGAAUAAAAUGUUGUUUUUUAAUAA